AUGGUAUUAGGAAAGCGUCAUGGCUCUCUGAUCAAGAGAACAACAAGCAUGAGAAUGAUCACAGUCGAUAAAGAAACGAUCUAUGAUGCAUCUCAACCGUCCGAUUAUCUAACCAUUCAUGAACAUCAUCAUCAUAAUCCGACGGUGGUGGUGGCUACUCAAAUUGAUGAUGAUUUCUUGAGGGCUUGUAGCCUCUGCAAUCAAAAUCUCUGCCAUCGUCGUGACAUUUAUAUGUAUAGAGGGGACAACGCAUUUUGUAGUUUAGAGUGCAGGGAGAAGCAAAUUAAGCUGGACAAGAGAAAAGCAAAAAACGGCGUCGUAUCAUCCAAGAAACCAUUUCGUAUAUAA